ACCAGACCACUGAGCUGAUUAACAGCUCUCCUGGGGCUGGCCCGAAGGAUUAGAUAUUUUGACGUGGCUAGGAACCAAUUGGUCACCUAGCAACGGGACCUACAGCUUAUUGUGGGAUCCGAACCACAUUAUAUCGAGAAAUGAACUUCUAUCACCAGAAAUAAAUUUCUCUGAUUCCGCGUUGGCCGAGCCGGGAAUCGAACCUCGGACCACCCAGUCUUGGUAAACAUACCUAGCAAAGAUAUAUAUUAUUUUAAAAUGUGAUAAUUUUUAAUAGGUAUUUUGAAGUCAUAAUGUUCAGCUGACUAUAUCAAAUCUGAUAAAUCACCUGGACAGAACUCAACAAACGAGUUUGAUUGCAUUGUAAAAGGCUUCACUUCAGUCAUUUCUUCAGGCUCCCUUCAGGUAGACGUUACAUCGAGCGUACGGUGUGUGAUGACAUCGACAUGCCUGCCAAGUUAGUGGAUCCGCGGUUACUUGUUACUUUAUGGACGAUCCAGAAUGUCUUUAACAGCUGCAAGGUAUUUAGCGUUGGUCUUGUUACACCGGUACUUCUGUCCAGUAGAAAGUACGAAUGGGACCUCCUCGUACAUAAAAUCAAUGGAUUUUCGGUCUCCUUCUUUUGAGAGUUUUGAGCUGUCAGAACUUUUGAGGGCACUACUUGUCAUGAUGGAUCAAAAAGAACCUCUUCACGUGCGGAUUCUCUAUGAAAAGGUAUUUGAAGAUGUUGUGAGAAAUUUAACAGCUAAACUGGUAGAGAAAAGUGGGCUCAUGACCUUUAGAUACCAAAAGGCAUCGCUGGAACUGGGUCACUUGCUUACGCCUGCCACAGGGAGACAACAACUAAUACUCCUCUGUUCAUCUAAUAUUGUCUUGGAAGUUUUUGAAAAGGUUCAACAAAAGAAACUUGAUAGUCACUUUGUUUCAUGGCUAGUCAUUUUGGAUAACAUAACCAAUGUAGAACAAGUCGUUCUUGGUCUUAAAGGGAAUAUUGAUGAAGGUACUCAAGUUAUCCUCUUAGCAGUGAAGGAAGAAAUGCAUGCCAAAGUAUUUCUCACUCAACCUGAUCCUAAAGAUAUUGUAAGUUUUCGCAACUUAGGCACAUGGGAUAUUCUGAGUUCCCGAAGCACGAGACUUUUACCUGCCCUGUUGAUGUCAGAUAUUCGUGAUCAGUAUGCAGACUUGAGAGGACGAGAGAUCAUUGUAGGAGCCAAUGAUAAUUUGCCUCUCAUGAAGAAGAGGCAGAUUGACUCAGAUGGCAAUAUUACACCUGCCUAUGGAAUGGACAUUGGUAUUUUAGAUACUCUGAGCCCUAUUCUAAAUUAUACGUACCGUGUUGUGGGCCCUCCUGAUGGUUUAUGGGGUGGACCUCUGCCAAAUGGCACUUCUGUAGGACUCAUUGGGAUGGUAGUGAGAAAGGAAGUCACGUUAGCCCUGAGUGGAAUGUCCAUUAUAGGUCCAAGAGAAGAUGUAGUAGAUAUGUCAUGUCCUUAUUAUGAAGAUCAACUGAACCUGGUUUCAAGAGCUCCUCAGAAACUGCACCAGACAUUUGCUGCCUUUACACCAUUUUCCUUGCAGGUUUGGAUUUUGCUGAUUGUGGCAACUCUGUCUCUUGGUCCCAUCCUAAAAGUAGUUUCAAAGGCAACCGAGGUUAUUCUGAAUGAAGAGGAUCCUAAACAUCAACUUUGGACAUAUUCUUUCAAUAUAUUCCGGAGCACAGUUGCCCAAGGUAACAUGAUGGAAGCAAAACUGUGGCCAGAGAGAUUCAUCUUUGUUUUCUGGUAUCUCGUCUGUAUUGUUGUCUCAGCGCUGUAUUCUGGAACACUAACAGCAUUUUUGGCCAUACCAUCUUAUGAAAAACCCAUAGACUCACUAACUGACAUUCCAAGAGCCAUUAAAGAAGGAUUCAUACUUGGAACACUUAAAGACUCAGUAAUUGAAUACCUCAUGAGGGGCUCUACUCAAGGAAUCUAUAAACAGACAUGGGAUUUAUUCCAUCAUGAUGACUUGAAAGAAAGUCUCAUUGAAACUCCUCCAAUUGGAUUCAAUAAGGUAAUGGAACGAAAGUUUGUAUUCAUAGCUCCUGCAACAGUAUCAGCUAUUGCAGCAACAACACGUGGAAGGGAAAAAUUUCACCUUGGUCGUGGAAGAUUCUACCCUUUGAGAUAUGGAAUAGCUUUCCAUACUGGGUCUCCACUUAAAGAUAAAUUUAGUCACCUAAUAUUAAGACUGGUGGAAGGAGGGCUAGUUGUCAAGUGGAAAGACGACACGGUUCUGAAAAUGUCAAGGGCAUCAAAAGUACUUGAAACAUCUGCUACCCAUUCUGCAAUCACUUUAGCAAAUCUUCAGGGUGUUUUUUAUGUUCUGGCUUUGGGAUAUGUUGCGUCCACAGUAACCCUUUUAAUAGAAAAUAUUGUCCGCUUCCAAGGUCGGUCUGCUUCAAAUUAAAUUCAAGACAACUGCAGAGCCAUCUUUGAGUGAAGUAACCCUCAAUGAUGAUAAUUAUGAAAAAAUUAUUGCAAUGAAAAGAAAUAAUAAAUUGGAAGACUGAAGGAUGUUGUUUGUUUAAUACUUGUUUAAAUGCAUUGACCUAGAAAUAUUGAAAACCUUCCAGAUAAAUUGGUCAAAAAAUAAUUUCCAUAAAAUUGCAACACAAAGUGAAAUAGUCUGUCAAAAAAUGAAUAUAAGUGCCAAGUUGGGCCCACAAAAUGUGUUUGACCUCUGUGAGGGUGAGUGGUUGUUUGAGGAAAAAAAAUUAAUAAGUGCCAUGUAGGGCCUACAAAAUUUCUUCUUCAAACAACCACUCAACCUCUUGUGAGGGUGAGUAGUUGUUUGAAGAAAACCAUUGUUUGUUUAUUUUUGGAUAGUUGCCUCACUACCCACAUUCACAGUGACCGAGUUAGUCAGGUUUUCAAAAGCAGUGACUAGUUCUCAACAACACCUGGUUGAGAACUACAAUAACAGCAGUUUUCUGAGGAUCACCUUCAGGGUGAUGGCAGCAACAGCAGUUUUCUGAGGAUCGCCUUGUUGUGGGUGCUGGCAGCAACAGCAAUUUCAGAGUAUCACCUUGUUGGUGGGUGAUGGUAAUAUCGACAGAUUUGAAGUGUUACUGGGUUGAUGGACUUCAAGUAUUCAUGUUUUUUUAGUCACUAUCACUGCUGGUGGAGCGAAAGGCUCUCGUGGGGCUCUUGUAUUGAAUAACGUAAAAGGCUCGCAAGAUGUUGUUGUAUAUUAUUGAGUGAGUGACUCGUGUUAUUGUGGUUGAUGAACAAGUAUGGCUCUGAAUGUUUAUGAUAAAUAUUUCAUUUUUAUAUUUGUGUGGUGGUGCUGCUGCUGAAUAUCAUUAGUUUUUGGAUUUAUUGAUAUUAUUGUUAUUGAAAACUUAAAGUAAAGUAUGUGGAACUAUGUAAUUUGAUUGUUGGUUAUAGUAUUGGACAUUUGGUUUACGUUUCUAUUUUCCAAGACCUAGACUUGUUUGUAAAUAUGAAUAAAAAUUUAGGAUAAAUUAGUCUUAAGACAACUUAAGUUAUUUUGUCAAGCUCCUUCCUCCUUUGUUUGUCUCCACUGCUCCUGUCAUUCCAAUCUCAUUCUAUUUUGGCAGUUAAUAAUUUUAUUAUCAUAAAAUAUGUAU